AUGUCUCAAUUCGACUUUGGACGAGAGUUUCUCAAUGACUUCAAUCCGGAGAGGAGCUUGGAAUUCUACCCCGAAGGCCGUCGUCCUCCAAAUGUCGUCCGCGAACAAUCAGAUGUUUCGAUUACGACAAAGUCUAACAAUUACAACUACGGCAUAGACCUAGUCGAAGAAAACAACACUGCACUACUCUGGUCACAGCCAGAUGCUAUGUUCCCUGGCUUUGUGGGCGGCGCAUUUGAGCCACACGGCGAGCCGAGCAAUACCGAUGCAGAUCUACAGCUAGAGAACGAAAUCGGAAUGGGGGCGGCAGAAGCCAUGUGCGAACAGAUUCACGAAGCGAUGCAGUCCACCGGGCCUACACACUCGAGACCAUGGCUUCCCUCUGGUGACUUGCACGCUAUCAGCCACCGGAACCGUGUCAGUGCCGUACUUCGACAACACUUCUCCGAGCCAACGCUGGGUCGCCUUACUGAUUACGUCUGCGGCACUGAAACGGGCACACACAAGGGAGGUGACACAAGUCAAAGGAUCUUCGUCAUCCUGGUUCUGAUCCGCAGAAUUGAAACGUUACCGGCGCUCAUGAAGGAUGGUUUACGCGAUCGUGACCUGCCUUUUGAGUGGCUCAACCCUGUAUCUCGGGAUCAACUCAUUAGUCCAAAGUCUCAAUUUGCGAACAAGGCUCUUUCUUGCUUCGAAAGAAAAGGAAAAGGAUUACUGAGAGAGUUCUAUGAAAAUCAGUGGAAGAUACUUGCUCCUAUUAUUGAUCGCGAUAAAAACGGAGAAGUGACGACGUUUCACUUGGCUGAAGAGGUCAUCAUGCCCUGGACUUUCAUUGGGGAUGAGAGAAAGGAGGGAAGUUUCUCUAUGGUCCGCAAAGUUGAGAUACACCAAGAUCAUCAUUCUUUUGUGAGUAUUGCCCUUAACUACCUAGUAUCUGGAGCCCUCACAAUUAUUUCAGACUUUACUAAGCUGGAUGAAUUGCAGCACAAUCACAAAGCAUUCGCCCUGAAAACCCUGCUUCAAACAGACCCUGACCAAGCAGAGGAUGAAUUCGAGCAAGAGCUCAAGGCCUUUACCAAAAUGGAACCGGGAGACCACAUUCUUGAUCUUUGCGCGACUUUCAAGAUUGGAGACAAGUACUCCUUCUUGUUUCCCUGGGCAGAGGGGGGCAACUUAAAGCACUUUUGGAACAAGUGCCCUACACAGGUGCAAAAGGGCGCCCGCCAACCUGACAUACUCCUGCGUUGGGUGGCCAAGCAAUGCCAUGCGCUGGCAGCGGCUCUACAAAGCAUCCACGAGGUUCGUGUGAAAGCACUCAAACGAGCAAACCGAAUACACGAAAAUGAAGACACUGACAGAGACAUCUACGGAAUCCACGGCGAUAUCAAGCCCGAGAACAUUCUGUUGUUUAAUCACCUGGACAAACCACUGGGUAUCGGCACGUUGAAGAUUGCCGACUUUGGCCUCACAGAGUUUCAUAGGCUCACAUCGCGAACGCGGUCGUUCAAUCAUGGUUCCGAUGCUCGACAGCCUGCACCUACCUAUGAAGCGCCCGAGCUUGUGCAGCUUGGGGAAGUGUACUCCAGGAAGGCUGAUGUGUGGGCCCUGGGCUGCGUCUUCUCUGAGUUCUUGACUUGGGUUGUUCGUGGGCACUUGGCUGUAGGGGAAUUUGGACAAGCCCGUGCUAUGGAAAGAGAUUGGGACGACUCUAAGAAGCGGUUCAGAUGGGCAGAAGAUAAGUUCUUCGUGGCAACUUAUAAUGAUGGCGGAGUUCCCGGAGCGGUCCGAACUUCUCUGAAACUUGCCGUGGACAAUUGGCUUGAUGAACUCUAUCAAGAAUCAAAGACCGAGGAACCAAACUUCCUCACAGACUUUCUAGACCUACUGAGGCAUAACGUCCUUGUGUGCGAGAGAGACAACAGAAUCAGCUGCGAAAGGCUGGUAAUGGAACUGGAAAAGUUCGCUUCCAGAGCCGGCGAAAGCCGGUCAGAUGAUCCGUACUGGAGGCCACCUUUACCAUCAUUCCGACAAGGUUUUCCGAAACGAGGAGAGGCUUCGAACGGCAUUACUGGACGGCGGGUGGCCUUUGCUCAUCAAUCUUCUGCCAGCUCGAACAGCUGGAUAUGUGUCGAUGAUACCAGCGUACGAUCUGGUACAACUGAGUAA